AUGUUCAGUUCGCAGCGACGAUGGCUGUUCGUCGUCUUUCCGCUCCUUACAUUUUGUUUGAUAUAUUAUCUCUUUCGACUGCCUGAAUCCAACCCCGUACCAGUAACCAGCUCAGAGCCAUUGACCUCAUCCGGUGCGGAAGCCAUCGUGGUAGGAGAGGAAAAGCCAGAGACAAAUAAUUCCCCGGAGAAAACAUACUCGGAUAAUCUGCAAGACAAAUGCGGCCAUUUGCUGCAUGGCCUCGACGAUGUCAUGGUCGUCCUGAAGACCGGAGCGACCGAAUCCCUCGAAAAAGUCCCCGUUCACCUCGCCACUACUUUCCAAUGUGUUCCACACUUCGCCAUUUUCUCCGAUUAUGAAGAAACCAUCAACGGGAUCCGCACCUAUGACGUCCUCCGCAAUGUUAGCGAUGCUACCAUGGCACGUGAACCCGAAUUUAACAUCUAUCGCCGCUUACAAGAAGUCGGUCGUGAAGGUUUGACCGACGCAGAGUGGGGCGAUGACACAAACGGGCCGCUAGGCAAAGUCAACAAUCCCGGAUGGAAGCUGGACAAGUGGAAGUUCCUUCCCAUGAUCGACCAGGCCCUGGAGGUCAUGCCAGAUGCCAAAUGGUAUGUCUUCUUGGAAGCCGAUACGUAUAUGGUGUGGCCGAACUUGGUCAACUGGCUGUCCCACCUCGAUAACAGCCGCCAGUACUACCUGGGCAGUCCCAUGCAAAUUGGAGAGACGCUGUUCGGAUAUGGUGGGGCAGGCAUUGUUCUAUCCAGUCAAACCAUGCAACGUUUAAGCAGCUACCGCGCCCGCGCUCAAGAAGAGUUGGAAGAAAUGACUGCCAAUGAAUGGGCCGGAGAUUGUGCCUUGGCACGAGCUCUGCAUGAUGUGAGCGUCGAGUUGACUUGGGCUUGGCCGAUGAUGAUGACCUCGCGCCCAUGGGAGAUCGACCACUUCUCCGAAGGUUAUGGUCGCCAGCCCUGGUGUUAUCCGGUUGUCUCUUACCACCACAUGAUGCCCCGGGAUAUCGAGGAAAUGUGGAGAUUUGACCGCGGUUUCUUCGCAAGCGGCAAGAACGCUCUCAUGCUGCACGCCGAUGUUUACCAGAAAUUCAUCUAUGACGACUCAUUCACCAUUCGUGAAGACUGGGACAACCUCUCUGGCGCGAAGAUUGACUUUGCGGCCGGUAUCAUACCUACUGUGGAUGUUUGUGCCGAAGUCUGUGCUCGCAAUCAGGAGUGCUUACAGUACACCUUCAAUGAAGAAGACAGAACCUGCAAGCAUGCCCCUACAACAUUCGCUGGUGUCGCCAAGAACGGCACACAUUCUGGCUGGAUGGGAUCACGCGUACAGAAGCUUCUGAAGUCAUUCCAGCAUUCUUGUGCCGAGGUCCAAUACAUUUACGUCUGA